UUUGUUCAUAUUCAUGGGUUUCCUCAGGUCCCUCUCCCCAGGUGUAUUAAUCAAGCACCAUGCAGUCUGCAUUGAUAAUCUAGGUGUUUGAUUGUGUACACCUGUGGAAUAACUAUCCCACGCCCAUUUACAGUUGAAACUGAGUCAUGCAAUGGUCAUGGUUGAAAAGGAGUUUUGAGGGAUGGGUAUAGGUGGCUGGCUUAAUACCAGUGCAGGUGCUGGUGUAAACACCAGUCAGGGUUUUAAUUCUACAGUUUUUCUCUUUUAUUGACGUGACAUCCAGUAGGCAUGUGGUUAGGGUUUGUGCUUUGGUUCUGUCGGUGGUCAGCUAUUGAGAAAUAGCUUAACACUGUGUGUUGAAGACCAGCAUAGUAAAAGGAAGCAACCUAGCCUGCAACUUUUGCAGCUGCUGCACACUCCUGCUUAAACAGAAGGUGUGCAUUAAAGUUCUCCAUUAAGAACUGUCAUGCAGACAGCAAAGGAUGCUGUCCCAUGCUCACAUUCACGGCUGAAGUAUCUUUGAAGGCACUUACUGUAAACCCCUCACUGCUCCCCGAGCGCCGCUGUAACAGGUUUGUGUGUGCUUCACCUCACCUCAUUGUGUGCUGUGUGUGUUGACUAAUUCACGGAGGGGAUAAAUGCAGAGACCAAAUUAGUUGUACACGCAAGUGAACAUGACAGAGUUUGGAAGUUAUUAUAGGCCAACUUGAAUAGCCUAAUACACACAGAGGGUAAUGCUCUCUCUUUGUGGAGUAACCUGAUGGUACAGUGAUAUGGCCGUACACCUGCAGGCGCACCCUACUCGCAGUUUGGGUAACGUCACGGGUCUGUUUGGUCAGGUGUCAGUCGGCAGCGAAAGCGCAAUAGCCUUCGAGCACAGUAGACCAUCCAUCUCUUCUCAGAGGGGGGGUUAAUUCCCAGGGUAAGAUGCGAAGGUUUGCAGUGGUGCACUGGGUCAAUGGAGAGGAUGCUGGGAUGUAUAGUGAGGUGAGAACCGAUGCGAUACGACAAUACGAUGACACCAAGAUGAGUGAAGAUGGACACCCACACACCGAGAACUUGGUUGCCGUAGAGUGGAAAAAGGGGAAAAAACCUAAACAUGGCUGGCCAGUGUACAGUGCCUACAUCAAAUUUGUGAGCAAUAACCGAUAUUACACGAGCAAGAAGAUUAAACAAAUGCGAUUGGAGAAGGACCAGUCACUACCCAAGAAAAGGGCCUCAGAGUCACCAGCAAGAUAUUCUGAUUCAGAGGAAAGUGCUGUUGACAAUGCACCGACCAAAAAGAAAAGGGUUCACACUCCAACAGAACCACAGAAUGUGGCCUGGAUAGUUGAAGAACACCGAGCCACAACCGCCACCUCGGCAGAGCUUCUGAGGAAGAUAAAGGAAGUAGAGGAGGAGAAACAAACGCUAAGGAAGGAAAAUGAACAAUUAAAAACAAUGCUCUUCAAAGGCCUACCAGAUAUGAUCAAGGACAUCAAGACAGCCCUCAAGGCUCAGGAUCCAACAUCAUCUUUAAGCUCUAACUCGGAAGAUGAGAGAUCAUCACAAACUACACAGUCCUCCCCACCAGAAGCCAUGUCCACAAAACAGGUGGAAAUUUGUCCCGGGACAAACGUAUGUAUUGACCUGCUGUCUUGGGCUAUGGCCCAGAAUGCCAGCUCCUCGUCCUGUUUUGUGAGGGCACUCCUAACGGCAGUCUUCCCAAAGGACGUGCUCCUCAGGAGUAGCCUCCGGGGAACAACCAAGAAUGGGCCACACUACCCGGCCCUGGAUAAAGCUAAAGUUGAAGCAAUAUACAGAGCAACGCUGCAGAAGUGGCCUCACGUUGUGCCUUCCACUAUUGGUGUUGCCAUCAAUGCCAAAUUAACCGAACUACGCUGGAAAAAAAGGCAAAGGCCCAAGAAUUCCUGACUCCUGAAUUGCUGAAGU